CAGGAAAUCAGGGUUUUCCUUUAGGUGUGUUAGCAACGACGGAAUUAAAGCCAUGCUAACAUUGCCCCCCCUAACGUGUUAGGAGCUAUGGACCGCAGGAAGAUGGAUCGCUUCUCGUGCAGUGUGAUUUUGAUCGUGGUCAUUUCCAAAGCAUUUGAACUGGAAUUCGUCACAGCCGGGUUGGGCCACCCCCGUGAACUUGCACGUCCCUCUCAGGAAGACCCCGCCUUAAGAGAUGACGGCAUUCGGUCCCGGGAGGAGCCUGCCAUUCGUCAUCGAUCUUUGCAGCUGGUGUCGGCCCUGGGAAUCCAGGACAGUAAGGAGCUAAACAAAACCUGCUGUCUGAACGGGGGAACCUGCAUGCUGGGGUCCUUCUGUGCCUGCCCGCCGUCCUUCUAUGGCCGGAACUGUGAGCAUGAUUCACGCAAAGAGAACUGUGAGUCCGUGCCCCAUGGCACCUGGUUGCCCAAGCGAUGCUCCAUGUGCAAAUGCUGGCGUGGCCGGCUUCACUGCUUUCCUCAGACAUUUCUGCCGGGGUGUGAUGGCCACGUGGUGGAUGAGCACUUUCUGGUUUCCAGGACUCCAGAACUAACACUGUCUUCAGCCAUCACUUUUUCACUAGCUGGCAUCUGCCUUGCUAUACAGAGUUACUGUUAACGGACACUGGCUUCUGUGAUAUUUUCCGUAACCCGUAAAGGCUGUCGCUCUAAUGUCUUAACUGGAAGAUGAUCAUUUGUUAGUUGCCUUGAAAUGGCGGAUGGAUUUUCAUCACGGUCCCUAACAUUUUCUUAAAGUCCCAACUACUUUCCUCUUCCCUCUCCUCUCCAAAAAACUUCUUUUAAAAAAGCCAGCCAUACCUACGUUGUGGCCAAGUUCUGUUUCUUGAUACAUGUUUCUCUACCAAAGGUUUCUUCUUAUUGUGCUUUAAACAAUUAAUUCUAUCUUCAGAUUAUUGAAGGCCACUCCUAAUGUGGAACCGAGGCUAAACUGAGGAGGAGAGUUGGUCAAAAUCAAUCAAGAGCUUAUCUUUAGAGGCACCUGGGUGGCUCAGUUGGUUGAGUGUCCAGCCUUGGCUCAGGUCAUGA